GAAAUGGGGUUAUGUAGUUGUCUGUUUCCUAUCACUAGGAGGCACUGUUCUUCCGGUGACAAAUACUUGUUAGAAAGUUGGUUGGUCAAAACAGGUGACCAAGUAAGACCUCUUCAGGUACUUGCCGUGGUGCAGGGACCCUUGGAAGAGGCGAAAGCUUGGAAAGACGACCGAGAACCCCAAAGCAGAACUGAGCCUUUAUGUAUUCAGACAGAAAAGAAGGAAACCAUGGAAUUGGUCAAUUUGGCUAGUUCUAACCUGGACUUUUCUGUUAUUCUCAAAGAAUAUCUUCCGAGUGGCAAGGACCGAACGAGUACGACAGCUGGUGGGCAACAGAAUACAAAUUAUUGGGGUCUAAGACUUUCAGAAAAGGUAACCGGGAAAGUGGACGCUCUGGUAGUUAACCAGAAUCACGUCAUUCAACCCCAACAAAUGGUCUUGUCAGUCGAUGUUUGCGACCACAAGGUCCAGUUCAACGGCAACUGUGCUCUUUGUGGAAUAGAAAUGGAUAUUUAUUCAGCAUCUCCUAUAUUAGAAUCACCUAGAGAAUUUUCUACGAGAACGGACUGGACUUUAAGUAACAAGCAUCAUUUAAACCCAGCUUAUACCCACCCCCAACUGCGUGUGAGUAGAAAUGAGUUGGAGUUGGUUGAAGGGGAAAACACUAGACGACUUUUAAGAAGAAAGAAGUUAUCUUUGGUCCUGGAUUUGGAUAACACGCUCAUCCAUGCCACUUUAGUUAGUCAUUUUCCACAGGAAUGGUAUCAGUACAAGCAGGAAAUAUAUCAGCAAGCAACUGAAAAGGCACUGGAAUGUAGCGCUCCUCUUAUGGAGGAUAUUCAUGAGUUGGAUUUGGAUGGUAGUAUAUCUUUGGUAAAACUACGUCCAAAUGUUCGACGCUUUUUAGAAAAGAUUCAUCAACGAUAUGAACUUCAUAUUUAUACAAUGGGCAGUCGUUCUUAUGCGGAUGCCAUAGCAACUUUGUUAGAUCCUAGUGGCAAUUUAUUUCAGCGCCGUAUUGUGUCUCGGGAUGACUUUGUUGAGGGUAUGAUGAAUAGGAAGAGUCUUCGUAGAAUUUUUCCAUGUGAUGACUCCAUGGUUAUUAUUGUGGAUGACCGGGAAGAUGUCUGGAUGGAUCAUAAUCAAGGAGAAAUGGUUCCUAACCUCAUUCGAGCAAAGCCGUAUCUAUUUUUUGUGCAAGAUGUGCAUGAAAAUAUGAAUAAUCAUCUUGUAUGGGAUUCCACGACGACUAGUAUCCAUCCAUCUUCGGAGAGUCACAAAGAAAGUUUUGCUAAUAUCUCUACCUGUAUGUUAACGUGUCUGAAUUGGAAAGAAAAUUUGGAAUCGGGAUGCUAUUUUCCGUAUUUACCUUGGGUUCAAAAGACUGUUGAAAGUGAUGAAAAUUAUCUAGGUCGACUUGAGCAAUUAUUGAUACAAAUUCAUGAAAGCUUCUUUAAAGAAAUGGAGCAGUGCCACAAUGUCUCACAAACGGAUGAUUCCAAUCAUGUCAAGUUACCUUUACGUGAUGUAAAAUUGAUUUUGGCCGAAAUGCGGCAUCGGGUAUUGAGAAAUUGUUAUCUUUCAUUUACUGGAAUAUUUCGACUUGAAGAGUCACCUGAAGUGUCAACCGUUUGGCGUCUUGCCGAAGAAUUUGGUGCAAUAUGUAACAAACAAGUAACGAGUCAAACCACACAUCUUAUUGUGGAUAGCCAACGUGGUUUACAUACUGGAAAAACCAAAUAUGCUCUACGAAGAGGAGACAUAUUUCUUGUUACCUUGGAAUGGUUAGAAACCUCCAUGCAAUAUUAUAUACGGGCGAGUGAAUUACAAUUUGCAUUGUUUUCAACAAGUCUAUCGCAUUCUUAUGGCAACGACUUGGAAGAAUAUCGCAAGGUUAUAGAAAAACGUCAUGAGCAGUUUGUACAAAAUGGUCUUUGUCCGCAAAAAAGUCCUAGUAAGCCAUCUGUGAAACGUCGCAAAAUGGAAUAUAGUAGCUCAGAAGAAGACAAUACGAGUACUUGGAUUGACUCUUCUUCACAAAAUAAUCAAACAAAAUAUCAUCAAUCUGAUGAUAAAACUUCACCGUAUCAUAAAGAACAGGAUGAUCAUUUAGAGUUGGAAUGGACAGCUUCCUAUUUAGCUUCUGAGUUGGAAAGGGAGUUGAUGAAUGAUCCUUUGUGCCUAUCGGGGGGUGGUGAAAGUAGUUGAAAGGUAAGUACUCCUAUUUGUCCAGACACUUACACACACGCGCACACACACACAUAUAUAUAUAUAUAUAAUGGUCCCUAGCGGCAUAUGAUGACUUUGAGAAAUCCAGUGAAUACAAAAACAACUCAUAUCUAUAUAUCUUAUAGAUGGUUGUUUUGUAUAUGAAUCACAAGACUAAUCUUCUCACUGAUUCAAAUUUACCCUUUUGUUCAAACUGUUGCAACACAAUAUGUGGAUACUUGAAUACUUAUCCUAGAAAGAUUUAGGUUCAUGCUAUGUUUGUUGGUUUCUCA